CAAACUUGAACAAAACCCUCUAAACCCCACAGGGUGUAGCCAUGGAAUUCUCCGAAUUCUUUCAUUUCUUGACAAUUCUGUAUGAAUCCAUCAAACUUCUUCCCAAGAACAGGAAACUCAUGGCAUCAAUUGCUAUACUUUCCCAUAUCCCGCCGUCCAUCCUGUUCUUGUUAUUCAUCUCCUCCGUCCAAUCCUCGACGAACUAUAUCAGAACCUCCCAAUUUCUGCUAAUUUACGUACUUGAAAUAGCUUUCUUUCUUCUUUUCAUCACAAUCAACCACCUGUCUACAGUCGCGACAAUAUUAGUAUCCGCCACAUCUUACAGCGGCAAGAACAUAUCAUUCGAGCACAUAUUUUCGAGCAUCAAAGGCACAUGGAGAAGGCCGCUGCUUACUAGCUUCCAGGUCUCGCGCAGUUCAUCAAACGUAUACUUGUUCGUGCCAUGGGCUUUUCUAGUAGCGAUCGGUUCUCCCAACCCUAUCACCAUUUCCAUUGCCAUUUUUGUUGGGAUUACGUUUAUCGUCCUCCAGCUCUACUCAUCGGUUGUUUGGGCAUUGUCACAAGUGGUUUCGAUAGUCGAAGAGGGUUUCCAGGGAAGAGAGGCAGUGGAGAAAGCUGCACAAGUUGUUGAAGGGCAGAGGCUCCAUGGUUUCAUGCUCAACUUGUUCUUCAGCCUGCUGCUUUCAGCUACUUUCGUGGUCUGCUGGAUGGUGUUGGGUGAUAAAGGGUCAUUUUUUAAGAAUCUAACAAUAUACGGGUUGAUUGUCUUGAACCUUACAUCAUUUGUAAAGAUGUUGCUGUUCAUGGCGUACACAGUGCUCUAUUUCCAGUGUAAGCAGCAGCAUGGUGAAGAGAUAGAGAUGAUUGGUUAUCUACACUACACAAAACUGCCUACAAGCUGCCAGCAGGCUGGGGAAUGAUUUUCACUAAAUUUUUGAACUGUUUAUCGCCAUUUUAGCGAUUUUCAAUUUCUUGCCUGGCCUGUGCUAUUAGGUUUCUAUUGUAAAUCCUGUUGCAUUUUUUAUUUCACUGAAUAUAUAAAUAUUUGAAUAUAUAUAA